AUGGUGAAUUACAGUACGUACGACUACGUGAUAGUGGGGGGCGGCACGGCGGGCAGCGUGCUUGCCAACCGUCUCAGCGAGGACCGCACUCUCAACGUGCUGCUACUGGAGGCGGGUGACGACCCCUCGCUUGAAGUGCUGCUCGCUGGCUUGGUGCACCUUACGGCGCGCUCCCGCCUCGACUGGAACUACACGUCGGAGACGACGCAGUACUCGCAGUGUCACAAGGGCCGCGUGCUGCACCACCCCAGCGGCAAAGUGCUUGGUGGCAGCAGCAGCAUCAACUACAUGCUCUACGGCCGCGGCAGCCCGCUCGACUACGACAUGUGGGCUACGGUUGUCAAUGACUCUGCAUGGAACUGGGACAACACCAUGCCCUACUUUCUGAAGAGCGAGAGGCUCGAGGAUCCGAUUAUAUACAAUUCGCCUUACAGAGACAGCCACGGCAUCAACGGUUACUUAGGCGUGACGAGGGAAACUAGCAGCGAACUACGGAAAUAUUUGGAUUCGUUCAGGGAAAACGGUAAGCUGGAGACGUUCGACGUGAACGGCAACGAGAGCAUGGGCUACACGCCACAAAUGUACACAAUUGCCGGCGGCGCGCGCCAGACCACCGCCUUUUCCUACCUCACGCCCAUUCGGAACAGAACCAACCUGCAUGUCAUGAAAAACACGAUGGCCACCAAGAUCAUUUUCGACAACAACAACCACGCCAUCGGAGUCGAGGCCCUGACGGAACACAACGAGACCUACGUGCUGAAGGCGAGCAGGGAAGUAAUCGUCGCCGCCGGCGCCUUCAACACGCCGCAGCUUCUCAUGCUGUCGGGCAUAGGCCCCGAAGAGCACCUGCGCCUACUGAACAUCAACGUGCGCAGUGACCUGCCCGUCGGCUACAACCUGCAGGACCAUCCGUUCGUGUUGGUGUCGAUCCGGGGCGAGCGGUCAGCGACAGCCACCCCGCACUCCGACCCCCACAACUUCCCAUUGCCCACUUUCACCGGGUAUGUGGCGCUGAACCGCGCGCAGCUGCACCCCGACUACCAGAGUAUCAACUUCGCCGUGCCAAGCGACUCCCCGAUGCCGCAGAAAUUCUGCUCCCUAAACUUCGGGUUCAAAAGUGACAUCUGCCAAAUUCUUAAAGCCGGAGUGAAAGGCAGGAAGACGAUUUUAAGUUUGAUCAGUCUUCUCCAUCCGAAAUCGCGCGGGCGCGUGAUGCUGCGCAGCACAUCCCCGCGCGAUCCGCCGCUCAUCUACAGCGGGCUAUUCUCCGACGAGAGUGAUAUAGAGGAUCUGAUAAGCUACGUCAAAGAUUUCACUUCUGUAAUGAACACGACGUACUUCCGAGACAUUCGCGCUCAACUGGUGGACUUGAGCGGCAACCGCUGCAUGGGGUACAAGCUCUGGAGCCGUGAGUUCUGGCGCUGCUACGUGGCCUGUCUGGCAGCACCGCUGCACGACUACACGGGCACGUGCGCCAUGGGUCUGGUGACGGACACGCGGCUGCGAGUGCGCGGUGUGCGGCGGCUGCGCGUGGUGGACGCUAGCGCGCUGCCUGGCCUCGUGGGCGGCAACGUACUAGCCGCCGUCGUAAUGCUCGCCGAGAAAGCCGCCGAUUUGAUCAAGAGAGAUCUUUCUCUCAACUUUAGGCCCAGCCAUCCCUUUAUUAAUGUGUAGGGUUGUUCUUAUGGUUUGGGCUCCGGAGCUACUAAAUGUUAUAUUCUGGUAACAUGCUUUUUGUACAUAAUCUCUAUUUAAUAUUAUUUAAAACUA